GCUCUUCCAACAUGCGCUUUCCAUUUUUAGCUUCAUUCAGACGCAGACAGCAGCUCCUUUCCUCUUCCUCUCCUUGUUUGUGACACUUUUCUGAGGCAGCUUUUCCACAGGCGACUAAGUGGUCUCGCGGCCAUGACCCCACAUUUUCUUCAGCAUGGAAUAUUCUUUUUCUCUCUGAGGCAUUAAGGAAAGGGUCUGAAAAAGGCUGCUACACAGUGUAGCUCGGACGCUGUGAGUUUCAAGAAUCUGGUGAAAGGGAGAGAGUGGACAAUGAAAAUGGACAUGGAGGAUGCUGACAUGACUCUGUGGACGGAAGCGGAUUUUGAAGAGAAGUGCACAUACAUUGUAAAUGAUCACCCAUUGGAUCCCAGUGCCGAUGGAGGCACCCUAACUCAGGCAGAGGCUUCCUUGCCAAGGAACUUGACUUUCAAAUACGCAUCUAACUGCAAAGAGGUCACUGGAGUUAUAAGCAAAGAAUACAUCCCAAAAGGAACACGCUUUGGACCCCUUGUAGGAGAGAUCUACACCAGUGAUACGGUUCCCAAGAAUGCAAACAGAAAAUACUUUUGGCGGAUAUAUUCAAGUGGUGAGCUUCACCACUUUAUUGAUGGAUUUAAUGAGGACAAGAGCAACUGGAUGCGUUAUGUAAACCCUGGCUACUCUGUUCAGGAACAGAACUUGGCUGCUUGUCAGAAUGGAAUGAACAUCUACUUCUACACUAUCAAGCCCAUCCCUGCCAACCAAGAGCUGCUUGUGUGGUAUUGCAGAGACUUUGCAGAGAGGCUGCACUAUCCCUCCUCCAGAGAGCUGACAAUGAUGAACCUCACACAAACCAGCGUUAAUCCAAAGCAGCACAGUGCUGAUAAAGACGAGCUCUAUCAGAAAAGCAUCCCAAAGAAGGAGCACAGUGUGAAAGAAAUCCUGAAAAUGGAAUCCAAUCCUCCGAAGGGAAAAGAUUUCUUCCAGACCAACAUUUCACCAGUUACUCCAGAAAAAGACUUGGAUGAUUUGCGUAAGAACUAUAGCCCAGAGAGGUGUUUCUUCCCUCGAGUUGUUUACCCAAUCCGACCUCAUGUUCCAGAAGACUAUCUGAAAGCUUCCUUAGCAUACGGGAUGGACAGACCCAACUACAUUACUCACUCACCCAUCCAGACAUCCACUACACCAAGUCCUUCUGGGAGGAGCAGCCCAGACCAAAGCUUAAAAAGUUCAAGCCCUCACAGCAGUCCAGGGGUCACGGUUUCCCCCUUGGCACCCACUUCCCAAGAGCACAGAGAGCCCUACUCUUACUUGAACGGAUCAUAUGGCUCGGAAGGAUUGGGGUCUUAUCCUGGAUAUGCACCCCCUGGCCACCUCCCACCUGCCUUUCUACCAUCCUAUAACCCCCACUACCCCAAAUUCCUGAUACCUCCAUUCAAUAUGAGCUGUAAUAACCUGAGUGCUUUGAACAAUAUCAAUGGCAUCAACAAUUUCAAUCUCUUCCCAAGGAUGUACCCUCUCUAUGGCAACCUGCUCAGUGGAGGUAGCCUUUCCCACCAUAUGCUGAACCCCACCACACUCCCCAGUUCACUGCCCAGUGAAGGAGGCCGUCGAUUGCUGCAGCCUGAUCAUCCAAGAGACUUCCUCAUACCUGCACCUAACAGUGCCUUCUCUGUCACGGGCGCUGCUGCCAGCAUGAAGGACAAGCCAUGCAGCCCUACCAGCGGGUCACCCACAGCUGGUACAGCAGCCAGUUCAGAACACAUAAUGCAACCUAAACCUACCUCAGUGGUGUUGGCUGCCACCGGUGGUGAAGAAGCCAUGAAUCUCAUUAAAAGUAAGAGGAAUGUGACCGGUUACAAAACCCUCCCAUACCCACUGAAGAAGCAGAAUGGAAAGAUCAAGUACGAAUGCAACGUUUGCUCGAAGACCUUUGGCCAGCUCUCCAAUCUGAAGGUUCACCUCCGAGUGCACAGCGGAGAGAGACCAUUUAAAUGCCAGACUUGCAAUAAAGGCUUCACGCAGCUGGCUCACCUCCAGAAGCACUAUCUGGUACACACAGGAGAAAAACCCCAUGAGUGUCAGGUUUGUCACAAGCGGUUCAGCAGCACCAGCAAUCUCAAAACCCACCUGCGGCUCCACUCUGGAGAGAAGCCUUACCAGUGCAAGCUCUGCCCAGCCAAAUUCACCCAGUUUGUGCACCUGAAGCUGCACAAGCGUCUUCACACCCGGGAACGUCCCCAUAAAUGCAUCCACUGCCACAAGAGCUACAUUCACCUCUGCAGCCUCCAGGUCCACCUGAAGGGCAACUGCCCUGUCGCCCCUGCCUCUGGCCUGUCCAUGGAGGAGCUGAAUCGAAUCAACGAGGAGAUAGAGAAGUUUGACAUCAGUGACAAUGCCGACAAGUUGGAAGAAGUGGAGGACAAUAUCGACUUAACAUCGAUCGUGGAGAAGGAUAUACUGACCAUGCUCAGGCGGGAAAUGGAAGGAGCUAAUCUGAAAGUCUCUCUACAGAGGAACCUGGGAAAUGGACUUAUCUCCUCAGGAUGCAACCUUUACGAGUCGUCAGAUAUGUCAAUUAUGAAGUUGCCUCACGGUCACCCACUACCUCUGUUACCUGUAAAGGUCAAGCAAGAAACAGUUGAACCAAUGGACCCUUAA